GUUAGAUACACGACCUUUUAAUCCCAGUGAUCAAGGCGGGAUCAUGGCGGGAUUUGUGCCUGAGAGGUUUUGAUCAGGGUGAAAAAGCGACUAGAUACUAAUGCAGGGAUGUGAUUGGCUUACGUAGCAUUGGCGGGGCAUUGUAAAGUUCACUGAUAGUUAAAGUGAAAAGAUGUUUACUGAAAUGUUUACAUCGUAGCCUAUUUGAUGAGACAUCGAACACGAUCGGAUACAUACAUGGCAAGGACAACAUUAAUGGAUGGGCAAAGACGUGUAUCCAUGAAAAUGAAGUGAAAAAAAGUGGUUUGUUGUUCAUUCAUGGUCUGGCAGUUGCCUUUCGUUCUGCUAGCGCUAAGCUAAAGUGACGCGGGUUGUCAUUCACUACACACAGCUGCAAAUUAGCUCGCUGUUAGCUAUCAGUGCUCAGGGAUUAAGAUGAGCUAUUCACGGGAGAUAAAACAGCUGCAGAAAGCCAAGAGCAAAGCGCAGAACAGCAACAAUUUAAGAGAUGAGGCCAGCAUCUGCAAUCAGCUGGGAGAGCUGCUGUCCAGAAAUGGUGACUAUGAGGCUGCCAUCAGGGAGCACCAACAGGAGUUGUCUCUCUCUGAAGUGCUAAAUGAUGUGAUUGGACGAGCUGUGGCCAAUCGAAAGAUAGGAGAGUGCUAUGCAGAGAUGGGGAACAUUGAGGCUGCUUUGAAACACCAGCAGCGUCACCUGGACCUGGCUCGCUCUGUCAGAGAUCACGCUGAGGAGCAAAGGGCGCUGGCCACUAUUGGUCGAACCUACCUGUUUCGUUAUGAAUCAGACCAAUCGAGGAGCAGUUUAGAGCAAGCAGAGGAUGCCUUCAGGAAGAGCCUGGCUAUUGUGGAUGACCGUCUAGAAGGGACUGUGUCAGGGCGAGAGAUUAGUGAGAUGAAGGCACGUCUCUUCCUCAAUCUUGGUUUGGUCUGUGAUCAUCUGGGGGAGCCCAAGCGUUGUAGUGAGUUCAUCCGACGAAGCGUCUUUAUCGCAGAGAAGAGUCAGCUGCUGGAGGAUCUCUACCGUGCAAACUUUAACCUGGGCAACAUCUACUUCCGUAAUGGUCAGAAGUCUAAUGCUGUGCGCUGCCUUGAACAGGCCAAAGAGUGUGCGAGAAAGAUCAAAGACAAGUUCAGUGAGAGCGAGUGCUUUCACUGCAUUGGCAAGGUGCAGCUGUCUCUGGGUGACUUCGUAGCAGCUAGACGAUCUCUGAAGAAAGCUCUCUUGCUGGGUUCCCAGCAACCACUGGACAGAGUGGCAGCGAAGAAAGCUUUCAAAUAUGCGGACCAGGGCUGUAAAUUAGAGGAAGAGUUGGGGGAGGAUCAGGGAAAAAGACUUAGCUCCCAUCAGGCCGUGGGGCUGGCAGAGCAGCUGGGGGACCUUUACUGUAAGGUUGGCUGCUACAGCAAAGCUCUGGAUGCAUAUCAAGCUCAGCUUAAGGGUGCUGAGGCAUUGGGAAAGCCUGCCAGGGAGCUGGCUGUCAUCCACGUGUCCCUGGCUGCGACCUACACUGACCUGAGACAGCACAGCAAGUCAGUGGAGCACUACAGACAGGAGCUGGCGUUACGGCAGGGAAGCUUUACUGAGGAGUGUAGCACUUGGCUGAACAUUGCAACAGCUCAGGAGGAGAGCAGCUGUGCCUCUGAGGAUAUAGACAGCAGCUACAGUAAGGCGUCAGACUGCGCUCAGAAGUCUGGGCAGGCUAGACUACAGAAACGUGUGUUGAGGCUCUGGCUGGCAUCCCAGAAACGAUGUGGUUCAUCGAAUGCCGAUGACACUGAGGCGAGGCUGCAGGAGCUGUGUGCAACUGAGGGCUGGAGUCCAGAUGGGAGCGAGGAGGAGGAGGAGAUGGACAACAGUGAACCUCUAGAUGACAGUGACAUCAUUCUCUCAGACUCGGAAGACGAUUUGGAGGGUUACGACAAGAUGGUAUCGGGAAGGAGGAAGACCGGAAGGUGGAACAAGAGGAAUGAGAAGGGUGAGACGACUCUGCACAGAGCGUGUAUAGAUGGAAACCUGAAGCAGGUCCAGUAUCUGGUAGGACAGGGUCACCCGGUGAACCCCAGAGACUAUUGUGGCUGGACGCCCCUUCAUGAGGCCUGCAACCAUGGUCACUAUGACAUUGUAGCCGUGCUACUGGAGCACGGCGCUAACAUCAACGACCCUGGUGGUCCCUUAUGUGAGGGAGUGACGCCUCUCCAUGAUGCCCUCGCUUGUGGCAAUUUAAGAGUUGCAAGACUCUUGGUGGAACGAGGGGCUUCUGUCACCCAAUGCAACUCCAAGGGGGACAACGCCAUGGACACCCUGCGUCAUUGGCACAAGAUGUACAGCAGAGAGUUGGACCAGGACACCAAGCAGGAGUGCAUCGCUACAGAGAGACUGCUGAGAAAGGCGCUCGCAGGGGGAGUGCCCGCUGCUCCAGCCCCAGCCAAGCCUUUUGAUGCCCUGCAGGACAGCCAGCUGUUUGAUGCUGAGAACUCUGAGCCGCUGUCGUCCUCUGGAGGGGGCUGUAACCUUAGCCAAGACUGGCCCCGGACCAACAGGAAAUCAGAGGUGAACACUGUACCUGCCGGGCCUAAACGGUGGCAGAGCAACGGCUCAAUACAGCGUCACAGAGGAACAGAGGCUGUUGUCCUGUAUGGGAAUAACAGCAGCUCCUCAGAUGAUAGCGACUCUGACUGCCCGGUCAGUCCUCUCCGUCCAGUCCGCCCUAGACACAAUUUACAAGCAGCACCGAGUCAGAAGGAAGUUCCCCCAAACAAGGAUGACAACUUGAACCCCAACUCGGGUCGCGAAAGUGUCAGGGAGGCUCCUGCGUCAUCUGUCUUUGCCCGGGAGGAGUACCACAGCGCCAUUCGAGGCUUAGGCAGCGCCAAAAACCGUCUCCAUGGUCUGUCACAGCCUCAAUUCUCCAGCACGCCGGCUGUUUCAUCCAGCAACAAAUCAGCCCUGGUUCCAGAGGAGGAGUAUCUGGCUGAUGACUGGCUGGAGGAUGAUUUGGAGGAAAUGCAGCCAAAGAAGAAGAGGAGGCUUCGGGUGGAACAGAGUUGGAUGUGGGGAGAGGACACCGCCUCGUCGUCAGCAGCAAGAGGUCAAAACACGGCCUGCAGAGGUUCUGCAGUCUCUUCCUCCUCCAGCAGGAAUCUCUCUCUGAAAAAGAACGGCUCUCUGAAGCCUCACCAGGUCAAAAUGACCCAGAUGCCAGGGAUGGUCAGGUUGGGCAAACGAGAGGUCAACAGGUCACAUAACCCCACCGUUACAGAUGACGAUGACUUGAGAGCAGAGACACCUCCGCCACCACAAAUACACGUGCAGCCUCCUGCUCAAAGUUUGGCUCCCAUGCCCACAUCACUGCCUCCACCAAUCAGAAUGAGGGUCAGAGUUCAGGAAGAUGUUUUCCUCAUCCCAGUUCCGCAAAGUGAGGCCGACUCCUGCACUGUGUCGUGGCUGUGUGAGCAGGCUGCUCAACGCUACUACCAGAAAUGUGGCCUUCUACCUCGCCUCUCGCUGCAGAAGGAAGGUGCUCUGCUCUCCCCGCAAGACCUGCUGCUGGCUGUACUGCACACCAAUGAAGAGGUUCUGGCUGAAGUUUGCUCUUGGGAUCUCCCUCCUCUCCCUGAGCGCUACAAGAAGGCUUGUCACAGCCUGGCAGUGGAUGAGAACAAGCGCAUCACCCGGCUGUGUGAGGUGCAGGAUGGGAGCUCCUCUGUGUCGGUGUGUGGCCUCAGCUUGGCUUCCUCUUCCCUCAACCCGCUCCUUCGUGCCUUAAAAUUGCAGGCUAGUCUCACCGAGCUGCGGAUUUCUGGCAACCGUCUCAGUGAUGAUCUUCUGCCCGAGCUGGUUGCCACAACAAUCACCAUGCCUCGGCUUCGGCUGCUGGACAUUUCUGCCAGUCACAUUACAGGGGAAGGGCUGGAGAAGGCUGUAAAUGCUUUAAAGGGACAGAGCCAUCCUGCGUUUCCGGUAAAGAGCCCAUCUGUUUUUAUUCCACCAGCUGUCAUCACUGUUUCCUCUGUGAUUUCAUGCUGCUAGGCAGCUUUUGAAGAUAAUGCG